AUGAAGCUCCCCGUUGCCAUACUUGCUACCAUACUUGGAGUCGUCACUGCACAAGAUGCCACUGAUUUCUCCUCGAUAGUCCAAAAUGGAGCUUAUACAACCUUGCUUCAAGCGCUCAACGCAUCAGGGAGCGACUCCGUGAUCUUUCAGAACUUACCUGUGACGAUCCUUGGUCCGACCGAUGAAGCUUUUGCUUUCGCAUCACCGCUGAUCGAUGACCUCAGCGAUGAGGAACUUAUCCAAAUCCUUCUAGACCAUGUGGUGCUUGGUCUAAACUAUACAAAACAAAAUUUGGAAGAGGCCGGAGGAUGUGUCAUUGCCACGACUGCUGGAGGGACAGAGGUUUCCAUUUUCCUCGAUCCCUCGAGUGGUUCCAUGGACGUGGAUGGUAUUCCAAUUGUGGAUCAAGACGUGAUCGGAGAAUUUGGAGUGCUUCAUGGCAUUGAGAGCGUGAUCAUUCCAGGGCAGCAUUCCCUUGUGGAUUGUCCGGAACCAAGUCCACCAGCCGACUUUACGCCCAUUACGCGUCUUGGUCGAUACGACACUUUUAUUAGUGCUCUCAACCAAACGGAUUUGACAUCUCUUCUCGGCCAAUACGAUGCUAUCAUUAUUGCGCCGACGGACGAGGCGUUUGCUGCUGCAAAUAUUGCGGAUGGCGAGCUGGAGGAGAUUUUGCAAAAUCAUUUGAUUGCUUCAUAUGGACUGUAUUCCUAUGAUCUGAUCAAUAGAGAAUGUGUGGAAACAAGUACUCUCGGGGGACUCCGAGUUGCCUUCCGCUACGAUGCAUUAACAAGUGCCUUUUCUAUCAAUGGCAUUCCACUAAACAAUGAUAUCGACAUUGAGGGCAACUUUGGAAUCAUGCACGGUAUUGAUGGGGUACUUAUGGAUGGAUCUUCUCAGUUCACCAGCUGUUUUGACUUUUCUGAUGUGACUAGAAAUGGGAACUACAACACGCUUCUUGGCGCAUUGGAACAGACAAAUUUUACAGAGAUGAUUGCAGGUGCUGCCCCAGUCACCAUAUUCGGGCCGACAGACACAGCAUUUGCUGCGGCUCAAGAGACUAUCAACUCGCUAUCUGCCGACGGUCUCAAAGCCGUACUUGACAACCAUGUGAUCCUGUUUGACAAUAUCAUUUCAGAGCGGCUAACACUUACAGGAUGCAUUGAUCGGGUCAUGGAGGGAGGGAUGAGAGUAGACAUCCGGUAUGACAGCGAAACUGAGUCCGCAACGAUAAACGGCAUUCCUAUAGUUGAAUUUGACAUUCAAGGGAACUAUGGCGUGCUGCAUGGGAUUGAAGGUAUUCUCCUUGAGGGCGAAACGCCAUAUUCUCCUUGCGUCGACUUUUCAUCUGCUAUCGAAAGCGGCAAGUACACUUUGUUCCUUUCCGCUCUAAAUGAGACUGGAGAGGUCGAUACCAUAACUCAACUCCGGCCCGUGACUCUAUUCGCACCAAUUGACGAAGCAUUUGCCGCACUGGACUCUCCAUUGUCCACAUUUGAAAUCAUUAUCAACCACGUCAUCUACUCUGAUGACGCGUUUCUGUCGGGCUGUGUAGAUGUACAAACGGCUGGAGGAAUGAACGUUGACAUCAGAUACGAUAGCGAGACCGGCGUAGGAACUGUCAAUGGUAUCCCCAUUGUUGAAUUUAACAUUACUGGAAACUUUGGUGUGUUGUAUGGUAUUGAUGGCAUUCUCAUUGAAGGUGUCACGCCAUACACUCCGUGUACUGACUUUUCACCUAUCAGGCAAGCCGGCAACUAUGCCACUUUUCUGAAUGUACUCAACGAGACCAAAAAAAAUGAGUUCAUUUCGAUUCAAUCACCACUCACCUUUUUUGGGCCGACCGAUAGCGCUUUCUCGUUGGCCGGGGAUGCAAUUGCUACAUUGACAGAGGACGAGCUAGUCUUGGCAUUGGACAACCAUAUCCUUGCGUAUCCAUCUGACGUAACAGUGGAAUAUGUAAAGUCACAAGGCUGCGUUGACCUAUUUUCCUUUGGUGUUUUGGAAAUCAGUAUCAGUUAUAAUGAAACUACUGGCAAUAUGACAGUUAAUGGUAUUCCUGUUGUGAAUGCUGAUGUAUUCGGUGAAUAUGGGGUAAUGCAUGGAAUUGAUGGCGUUCUCGGUAUCGAUGGUGAAUACUUUCCUUGUGCUUUUGAAGAUGAUGAUUUCUUCUCCACGCCUGAAGGACCUACUUUCGAUACCCUUGAAGAACUUGUAACAGAGUUCCAAAGACCACUUUUCACUGCUGUGUUGGCUGCGGGUGAAACCAGUGCGACCAUCUUUGGCCCUGACGACUUCGCAUUUGCAGCAAUUGGCGAACCUGGGACUGCAGAGGAAAACCUCGAAAUUCUGAAAGGCCACGUAGUAGUAGGAACGUACACAAGCGAACAAAUCAAGGCCCAAGGAUGUGUUGUCCUUGACACUUUGGCAGGAACCAAGAUUCGAGCCAUGUACGUGGCAGAACAGAGUGAUAGUGAUACUGAGGGUACUGUGAUGGUCAAUAACGCAAAGGUCAUUGCAAGGUUAGAUGGAGACGGGGCUGUUAUCCAUGGAAUCGACAAGGUCAUUUUCCCUGAAUUGUUUGACGACUGCCCAGCGGAGUCUACCAUGGCUCCUACUGUAGCAGCAUCAACUGAAUCUCCUCCAGUCACCACGUCGGCUGCCUUUGCAUCGAAAUUGAUUUUUGUCUUUUGCUGUAUCAUUGUACUGAUUGCUCUAUAG